UCUCUUCCUCAUUGUCCUAACUUGGUUUUCAAAUUCUGACAAAAAUACCCAAAACUAUACACCCAAUCAAUGUAAAUCCAACACCUGACACAUUGCAUGGACAACACCUGCAUCAAUCCAAUUCCUUUACGGGAAGGUGCCAAAAAACAAAAAUAAAAAAUUGCCCCCAAAACUAACUUUGUCUCUUCUUCACAUUUUUGUUAAAGCCAAGCAUCUUCCACCCCUUGCCUUUCUAAACGCAAACCUCUGCAAUCUCCCCCUCUAUACAUAUCCAUAUAUACAUGUAUUUAUACAUUUAUGUCUGUUGAUAGUCCUUUAUAUUAUUAAUGGAGAUGGGCGAAAAGAUGAAUAAGGAGGCAUUAGUGGUUUGUAGUGAUAAGAGUACGGGUAUUGGGAUAACCGUGUGGGACUUGGAAACUGGGGAACAACUCCUUCAUAUCCCCACCUGUGCUGCCGCUCCUCAUGGGCUGUUUUGUUUGAGAAACCAGUUCAUUGUAGCUUCUCAAAGCAACAGGCAUGGCUCUUUUGGUGGUGGGUCUAUCUUUAUUUGGCCAUUGAACAAGCCUCAGUCACCAUUGCGGAGCUACACAUUGGAGGCAAUGGGCCCCAUUUCUUGCACAAAAGAUGGCUUAUAUAUUGCGGGUGGAGCUCCUUCCGGGAAUGCUUAUCUUUGGGAGGUUACUAGUGGAAGAUUGCUGAGAACAUGGCAUGCUCAUCAUAAAUCACUGAAGUGUAUGGUCUUCUCUGAUGAUGAUUCACUUCUUAUUUUUGGUUGUACCGAUGGAAUCAUCUCUGUUUGGUCUAUGAUUAGUUUGGUAGAUGUGGAAGAUUCUGGAAGCUCACCUUCAUUGCUCUAUUACUCAUCAGAACAUAGAUCUUCCAUAACUGGGUUAGUAACUAUGUCCGCAGGUGCACGUUCCAUUUUUAUAUCAAGCUCUCUCGAUGGAACAUGCAAGGUUUGGGAACUAGUUUCUGGAAGGCAUUUACAAACAUUAGUUUAUCCAAUGUCAGUGACAGCCAUCGCUCUUCAUCCGCUAGAGCGGCUCCUUUUUUCUGGUAGUGUAGAUGGAAAUAUAUUUGUUAAUGUGCUUGACAUUGGAGCAGUUGAGGAUUGUUUCAUUACUACGGAAGAUCAAGCAUUUGUGCUAAAAGUACACAAUGAAUCUAUAACUGCAUUGACUUUUAGUGGAUUUCAUCUGAUAUCUGCAUCAGAGGAUUUUACAUUCUGCCUAUGGGAUACAAUUAACCGGGUGGUCCUUAGAAGAUUCAACAAUAGAAAAGGUGCAGUGACUAAUAUGGUUGUGAUUAAGCAGUCCUCAUUGUUUCCCAUCUCAAACCAUCAAAGAGUUACUCAUCAAUUCCAGGUGUCUUUGCUCCAAAAGUAUCCUCAGCCUUCCAACCCGGGGAAGGGGAUGGCUACAUUCCUUUCUUUUCCAGCUUCCCACAGCAAGCCACCUCCCACUCAUUUCCUUGGAAACAAUUUGCUAGACCAUUUAAUAUCAGGUUCAGAGCAAGAAGAACAAACACCUGCUAUGCUGCAAACGAAAUUGGAGAAAAACAUAGACGAUCGACUAUGGGUAACAAGCAUGACAAAGCAUGUAAUGGAGAUAAGCAAGCAUUUGCAAUGUCGUUUGCUGGAUAUGAUGCAGUGCCGGUUGCUAUGCAACCCGUAUGAACCAGAUUCAUCCCCAAAGAAAAAAAGACACAAAAUCCAGUCUCAAAAUCAAACUCCUACGGAGCAAUCUCAGUAAUUUCAAAUUUUGUGAUUAUCAAAUGGAGAUGUAUCCCUUCCCCCUUUAAAACCAUCUUUUUACUGUACUUUUUUUAAUCAAAUUUUGCCAUGGAUUAAGUAUCAA